AUGGGUUUGAAUACAUCCCCAGUUUCUCUGUUGCAACAACUGAGUCAUAUAACACAGCACCGUUUCUCUUACUGCUUAAACCCAUAUCAACAUGGUUCAGAACCACCACCUAGUAGCCUUCUAAGGUUUGGCAACGACAUUCGGAAAGGGCGCAGAAGAUUCCAAUCGACUCCUCUAAUGUCUUCACCAGACAGGCCUAAUUACUUUCUGAAUUUACUAGAUAUGACUGUUGCAGGGCAACGACUGCAUCUCCCACCAGGAACUUUUGCAUUGAGACAAGAUGGAACUGGUGGUACCAUUAUAGAUUCAGGAACAGGACUUACAUUUAUUACUCAGACUGCUUACCCCCGUCUGAUCAGUGCAUUCCAGAAUUAUUUUGAUCACCGUGGGUUUCAACGAGUUCAUAUUCCCGAAUUUGACCUUUGCUACAGCUUCAGAGGAAACCACACUUUCCAUGACCAUGCCUCGAUGACAUUCCAUUUUGAAAGAGCUGAUUUCACUGUGCAAGCUGAUUAUGUGUACCUGCCUAUGGAGGAUGAUAAUGCUUUCUGCGUAGCAUUGCAACCAACACCACCACAACAACGAACAGUAAUAGGAGCAAUAAAUCAAGGAAAUACUCGGUUCAUUUAUGAUGCAGCUGCCCAUCAACUUCUCUUCAUUGCAGAGAAUUGCAGGAAUGAUGCAAUAAGCACAAUACCUGUUCAAGAUCCAUCAAAACCACUAGACCAUAGCAACAAUGUUCAACAGUCAAAGACUGUUAGUAAGGACCAACAGUCUUUAACUGUUAGAUACGGCCUCAUAACUCUUGAUCAUUACAGGCCUAUUAGGAAAAAGGAGCAACACUCUUUUCUAAGGGAAAAGGCUACUUCUACUUUCCCCUAA